GGAGAACGAGGAGGCGAAGGAGUAGAUCGGUAGCGCGCAAGCUCUGGAGGUCGGGGAACCUCCCGAAGCUGAGAAGAGAGCUUUCGCCACCGAAAAGCCCCGAUUAGCCCCGAACAACAUCGACCAGUGACGUGUGGAGGCGAUCAACGUCGUCGGAUGCUCGCCGACGACAUGUCUCUGGGUCCGACUGCCCGCAUCGCGAAAUUCUAGCCCGACCUAUACCUACCUACCUACCUACCUACCUACCUACGGAGCUUUUCUCCGAGAGGCGGACCGGCCACCCUUCAAGGAACGCGUCGCGUCGCGAGGGCGAGAAACCUCCUCCCCGAAACUAUCGCGGAAUUAAAAAGUGUCGCACGGCUAACGGAUCGCCGUUAGAACGCGCAGGGUGGAGUUUAACGGAGUUUGACGUUGUGCACGGUUUGCUGCUGGUGGUGUCAUAGCGCGCGCAGGGUUCGUAUAACCGUGGUGCGCGCUUAUGCGUGCGUCUGUCAAUUUUACUUGGUUGAUUUGAGAAAAAUAUGAUCUCUACGGCGUAGUCCUUUAUCAUCGAGUAGACAGACGGUGGCUCUGCAGAUUAGAUCGCGUGGGCCGGCAGGCCCCAUGUCCUGAUCGUCCGAAUUGUGCCGAUGAAGCUUCACCGCCUUCACUUUUCAAUGAGCGUGCGGGGGUGACUGGAGUGAUGGGAUGGGGCCAGAGCCCCAUGGAGUUCGGGUAGACCCGUCUCCGGCCCAGCUCCCCAGCCUCCUCCGCAGUCGUUAUCUUCACUGGCCCUGCUCGCGACGCAGAGGGUCCCCUCGAACGCGAUGGAGGUCGCCGCUGCUCACCAACAGAAGGAGAAGGACCCGCACGUUCACAGGCCCUGUGCCUUUGACAAGAUGGAGGGGCUGGUGCGGGAGAUGCAAGACCCUGAGAGAGGGGUGCCCGUGCGCAGCCAGAAGCAAUUCCUCACCUCGAUCCCGUCGGCGUUCAUGGGUGAGUGUCGUCGUUACCUUCGACGAGGCGUAAGCGUAACCGGCCAUCAGAGCCAGGACACUACAGGAUGCCUGCGUGUUGCAGGUUACGACCUCGUCGAGUGGCUAAUGGACCGUCUCGCCAUCGAGGAAUCAGUAGAGGCGGUCCAUAUUGCUAAUCAACUUUGCCAGUACGGUUACUUCUUCCCGGUGAACGACUCCAAGACUCUUACUGUGAAGGACGAUAGCUCUCUCUAUAGAUUUCAGACGCCGUACUACUGGCCCUGGCAGCACAGAACACCCGAUAACGUAGAGUAUGCGAUUUAUCUGGAUAAACGCACACGCAGAAAUAAGCAACGCCACGCCCUCGAGGAUUACGAAAUUGAGGCACUGAACAGCCUGCGAAGGAAUCUACAAAACAAAUGGGACAUAAUACAGCAACAGGCUGAAGAACAGGUACGUCUUUCCAAGGAACGGAAAAAGGGGGACAAGAUAGUGAGCGAUUCCCAGGAAAGAGCUUUCUGGAGGGUCUACCGCCCCCCACCCGGAUGUCUGAGCAGUCUAGAAGUGGUGCCUGUGCCGACGCGCGGCCGUCCCGGCGCCCCACGUCCACCCCCGAGAAAACGCACCCUCGCCGAUUUGCAACGCGAGGUAGAACUGCUACGCAACAGUUUGACGCGCACGAGAAUAAAGAUGUCGACGGCGAUCGAGAACCUGAAAACGCACUUCGAAACCUACACGGAGUACGAUCCGAUGAUCGUUCAGCCGCAGCCCUCCAAUCCCUGGAUCACGGACGAUCAACUAUUCUGGCAACUGAACAGCCCCCUAGUCGAAGUGCCGACGGAAAAACGCGUCAAGAGAUGGGCUCUGUCGAUGGAGGAGGUCAUGUCCGAUCCGACCGGUUUACUGGAAUUCACGAAUUACCUGAGAAAGGAAUACAGCCACGAAAACAUUCGAUUCUGGAUGGCGGUUAAGGACCUUAGACGAAGUUUUCAAGGGCAAAUAAACGCGAAAGUGAACGAAAUUUUCGAGGAAUUUCUCGCGCCCGGUGCGCCCUGCGAGAUAAACAUUGACGGUAAAACUAUGGAAAAAGUUCAGCAAGAAAUGAAGAACCCGACGAGAUUCACCUUCGACGCGGCCGCCGAGCACGUCUACACCCUGCUGCUGAAGAAGGACUGCUAUCCGAGGUUCAUUCGUUCGGAGCACUACCGAAAUCUUCUGGCGGCGGGGGUGCAACCCUUGCAAAAAAAGAGAUUUUUCGGGUUCGGUGGCCAGGCGAAAAAGAAGACCUCCUCGACGACGGCCCCCGCUCCGGGCAGCCUCCAACAGCAGCACCAGCAACAGCAAACGAGCAUAGGAGGCGUCGGUGGAGGUCGGCGACGGGGAAGCGACAGAAGUCUAUCCGGAUCCGCCCACGAACUCGCUGUCUGCGGCGUCAGAGACAUUUCAUCCGCCAACAGAGUUCCGCACUCGCACAGCCAGUCGAAUCUCACCGAUAUACCUUACAGAGGAGAUCUGCCUUGUCUCGUAAAGAUCCCAGCCAGGCCUAGCCCUGCACAUGAUUUUCAGGAUGCUGGGGUGUCCGGGACGACGGUUGUUCGCCCCAUAGACGACGUUUGCCCGUGGGACGCGGCGCCGGGUCCGAGUUCGGAAUCCCUCGGAGACGCCGGAACGUCGUCGACUCUGCAGACGCAGGCAAGCUUCGGGGGUACCGAAGGUCACUCUUCGGACUCUAACGUGGUUACGGUCUAUCCCCACGAGCUGAGAGCCUCGCGAAAAAAUUCGUCGCAGUUGGACUCCGGCAGUUCGUCGUCGGACAUAAGCGUGGCGAUCGUCGAGGCUACGGAGAGAUUGCGCAAGUCCUGCGGAUUGCAGCAGGCCGGUGCCGGAGGAUCGGUCGACCGUGGAGGUAAUCCGACGAUAACCCGCAACUUUUCGGUCGGUUCCACCGGGGGACGCGUAAAAUUCUCGGACACGAGUCGCCCCUCCGUAUCGUCGAACGAUUACUUCUCGCCCCAGAGAUCGUUCGACCUCUCGCACCACGUCGCGGCCGACGCGAGGAACGAUAAGGUGACGACAAGCGCCGCUGACGAGUCGUCGAAGGACGUCGAGAGUACAAACGAAAAAUUGAACACGGAGAAACUUUCGAGCGAUCCGCAAACCUCGCAGAGGAGGCCCUCGGUAAUGGCGCCUCUGAUAAGCAUAAGCGCGAUCGUAGGCGAUAUCGCCGACGAGUCGGCCGAUCUCGUGAAAAUCGGUGCAGAGGAACUGGAGGAGUGUGACGAAGACGCGGAGGAGGUAACGGAGCCUGAGAAGGCUCGGGAUCGGCAAACUGCAGGGGUCGCAAAGGCGGACGCGACGCCCGGUAAAAUCGAAUCGGGCGACGAUCCGGAACUCGCGGAAGAAGCUCAAGUCGUUCCUGUCUGGGAACCGGACACCCAGAACGAGGGAACGGCUGUGGAAACUGUCGCCACGCCCCCGGAUCAGCAAGACAAUAAUGAUAACGAAGUGUGCCCAUGGGAAGAUGAAGAAAAUUGUAGAGUGGAUGCGACCUAUGUGAAAACCUAUUCGACACUAGGUUAUCUGUAAUCUGGCAUUCGAAUAGCGUACCUAUAUAAUCUUACGGAUCUAACUUUGAGGUUCGUUGAUAAUCCGUAAUAUAUCUUCACACCCGACAUACAUAAGCUCAAGUGCCCACGAUAUGAGGUGUUGUAUAGGUGCCGGAUCUUUUAUAACGCCACAUUAUAGAUUUUCAACGCUAUCGGAGGAUAUUUACUUUCGAUAAUUCCCAUUCGAAAUGCACAGAAGCACAAAUAUCACCGAACCACGUUGCGAAACGUCACUCUUUUUUUUAUUUUAGUUUUUUGUUCUAUCAUUUCUCUUAGUCCACAUCACGCACGAGAUGCGCACGAGGUAUAUUGCACCCGUUAUAAUAUUACAUUCGUUAAACUCGAGUCAAAUUCGUUAAUUUAUCACUUAUUCAACACGCAUUAUAUAUACUUAUAGGUAUAAAAACAUACGCCUGUAUAAUUGAAGAUAUUAUAAAAAAAAAAACCAAAAUACUUAUCACAUCGCCAGCUGUAUCAUAAAUGUAUUUCUUCUAGCAGGUUGACGAUAGUUUGUUGUUAGAAUGAAUUUUCGGCGAUGGCUGCGACGUCAAGCGAUACAAAAUUUACCACGAUUAUAACAUACGUUAUUGUCAAAAGCCAAAGAAACCUAGUGAAAUUAGAAAAAAAAACAAUAAAAGAAAAAUAAAAACUAAAUAAAUACCUCGUUCAAAUUUUAAUCAUAUAAGCUAUACAUGGUCUCGGGGGUGUGAAAUGAAUGAAAAAUAAAGUAAAAUGAAAAAGAACAAAAAAACAUAAAAUAAAAACCCACGCAAUAUAAUUAUAUUUACUACUGCGCUGCAGGGUAUGAAGAUGAGAGGGAAAUUAACCAAAAAAAAAAAAAAAGAAAAAAAAGAAGAAGAAAUCUAAUCAACAUAUACGCUAAUAGUUUCAGAGAAUAAUUUGACGUAUAAUCAAACGACUAUUAUUGUCAACUAUAUCUUAACGUGUACGCUAAUUAUCAUAUCUCGUCAUAACUAUUCUAUACAUUUGGUGAAUUAAAGUUAUGAAUAUUUUUAAUUAUACUUUCGCUAACGGGGGUAGUAUACAUAUAUAUGCAGAUUAUAGUGGACAUAUAUAGAGUGAGUUCCAUCUCACGUGAGGAGAAAACCAAAAAAAAAAAAAAAAGAAAAAGAAGAAACUAAAUGAAUUCGGGGGGGAAAUCAAGUAGAAAGAGAAGAGAAGAUUAAUAAAACUAUAGGCGACCGUACGAAGAUACUUGCGGACUCCGACGCAUUGAAUAUUUUAAUGCUCCCAGGGCUAAUUGUAAUACGUACUAUUAUACAUAUAUAUAUUUAAUACAUAAUAUGUAUAUAGAUACCUAUACGGUCGCGCGUAUAAGGGUAAUAUAUUAUCGUAUAUCGCUGCCUAUAUCGUUGUUACAUUAUUUUUACCAUUAUUGAAAUAAUGAUUGUUAUUAUUAUUGAAUCGUUUAUCGUAGCUGUUAUCAUUAUUAUUGCGAAGGUGCGCUCCGUGGGUGCCUGUCAAUUUUGAGCCCUAUGACCUCCCCUUCGGAUCGCGCAAUUCCCUCCCUCGUAUACAUGGUAUAUAUUAUAUAUAUGUAUAGUCAUAUAUCUUAUCUCAUAAUUGUCGUAGAACGCAAUAUCUACUAUAUAAAAAAUAAUAUCGCGACAAAUCGGCUACGGUUCGCGGAAUAGUGAGAAGAAUCUAAUGAUUUUUUUCAAUUCUUCAUUUAUACACAUGUUGUUGUUCCUUAAUUUUUCGCUGUCCUUUUGGUGAUUGGAACAAUUUUCAUUCAAUCGAUCUUCGAACAUUCCAUAAUUUUGUAAUCUGUAUAAUCGAUUGCUUCGAGAACUUAUACAUAGCUAAUGUGAUUCGGUGCUUCGUUGCAACGAUCGUAUAUUUAUUGACGAUUUAUGUAUAAUUUUUAUACUAUACAUACCUAUGUCGAUUGUCUGUUCCGUGACCUGCGAACAAACGAACGAACGAAAUGAAUUAAAACAAAAAUACCGAUAAUCAAAAAAUGAAAAAAAAACAAAAACAAAAAGAACAAAUCGUCGCUGCAGUUCUGCCUGUUAUUAUUAGCCUGUACCAGAUGUGUAAUACGCAAAUUCUAAUGACUAAUCAGCUGUACGCUACUUACUAUAAUUAUGUAUCGAUGAACUGUACGGCCUAGUGAGGCCCUUUUAGGCAUCGCUAUACGGCGUAACUUAUUCUUCAAUGUUAAUGUUCGGACUAAUGUUACAUUAUAUUACUAUACAUUGUGUCUCUCGAUAAUCGAUAUAGUCGCAUCCUCGUUAACUAUACCUACCCUAUAUACGAACAUGAUAUAUAUAUAUAUAGGUAUAUUUAUAUAUAAAUAUACAUAAUAAUCAAUACUUGUAUACCGUAUACACCUAUAUUCUAUGCAAUUAUUAGAAAUUUAUAUCGCGAUCCAGCUGGGAUGCGAGAUCAAUAUUCCAGGUAUUUUAUCUAUGUAUACUAUCGUUAUCUCUGUACGGUAUUCUACAUUGACAUACUAUAAUUACGCUAGCCUAUAUAUGUGAACACGAGUCAUAGCGCAUCGCGGCUUUCCGUGUCGUACGUGUCGUACGUGUCAUACGCGUACGUACACGCAUACGUACGCGUACGUGCGUAGAAUAUAAAAUUUCUAAUAUUUUCAACGAAAAUCAGAGUCUAUAUGAUAGAUAAUAUUGUUGAUAUUGUUAUCGUUUCGCUAUUAUUAUCAUCAUCGACGUCAUCGUCAUCGUCAUUAUUAUAUUAGUGUCAUAAUUGCUGCAUCGAAUACGUGUCGUAAUGAGCCGAAUUUAUAGGGCGUCGCGUAGUUAUAGAGAAAACUGUCAUACUCUCGUCUUUGACGUAUCUGUUGUGAAAUAAUUAUUUAAGUAUAACUAUUAUCGGGUUUCCUGGACCUGCGACUGCCCCAGAGCCUGGAGCCCUCAUAUAUACGCGCAUCGGGAUUUCGUAAAUUCCAAAAUUGGAAGCUUCAACCCCCGCAUCACGAAUCAUUAUGCUUAUUUUUAUCCUUGAUCUUAUUGUCACUCUUAUUAUCUCCGUUAUAUCGUCAUUGUUAUUAUCAUCAAUGACGCGCGGCACCGCUCGUCCCGCUUACCGCCAUGGGGUAUACGAGGGGAAUGGAAAUCAGCAAUUGACAAUAUUGAAUUUUGCAUAGGCAUUUAUUAGUUAAUAUUUAUUCCCUGUUACCGCGAUGAAAAUAUGUCAUUUAGCUGUGCAACAGAUCAACGCGUAAAUAUAUAUACGUAUUCUACGUACGAUGGAGAACAGCAAUCGCGAUUUUUUUAAGCUUGAUGCGCUACACAUUGAUUUUACUCAUUUGUUAAUUUCUUUCCUUUUCGGUCUGUCAAAAUGUCCCUAUAUAAUUAUACUUUACCAAUUACUAUAUCGGGCUGGUAUUGUUUUUAUAUCAAUUUGCGUAUCGCACGAAAAACUAAGUUAUAAUAUUUUUCAUCGGAAUAAUGUCAAAUACGCCUUUUUCGGAAAUUUAUUUUCUCAUCUCGCACGCAAUUAACACGCGUUCUAUACAUAUUAAUUGUCUCCAUUACCGGUAUAUGUAUAUUAUACGUGUAUUACCGCAUCAUAUCCUGGACACUUGAGAUUUCAUUAUGACGUAAGAAAAAGAAAGAAGAAAAAAAAAAAAACCAAUAAUCGGCCGUAUGUACUCUUAACUCGGAGCUCAAUAUAUUAGAAUUAUUUGAAGAUACAUCUCUCGUAAAAUGAUCCACGAUCGCGGCCAUGAUAAAUAAAAAAAAAAAAAAAACAAUAAAAAUCAAAUAAUUACAUAACGUACUAUAGCGACCAAGUAUAUAAAUAUACUAAAAACCUAACUGCAGGUACAUAGAUAAUGAUAUAUACAUAAAAACCUAUGUAUUAACGUCGGGCAAAGUUCACAUAAUAUUAUACAUGUAUAUGUAUACCUAUAAUUCGUAUAAUAUUUUACCAUUACCAAGGCAUGUACCCAUAUUUAUCGUUAGAGGUGAAUUUUCUAUAGAGUUAUAUAAAAUGUAUCGCAGUCAGCUGUUGCUCUGAUUAUAUCCUCGAAAUUAUCGUGUGAUCCGAUAUUUGGCGCGGGGGUGGGUGUUUAGGGAACGGACAAGGGGGGGAGGGACAACUCAUAUAGAUAUAUACCGGCGGAACUGCGAGUUAUAUGAAUAUCAUUGGAACAAUGAACUGCUGCAGUUGAAUCGCGCGAUGAAAAUUAAUUAGGAGCUGAUCGCGGAUAAAUAACGAAUCAAACACACCUAUAUACGAGCAGCUUCGACAAAGAGAUACAUUGAGCAUCUGACAAGCUGCCACAAAUAAUGAAUGUCCAAGAAUUUCUAUAUGAUUAUGACAAUUAUCAAAUGAAUGAUAAAACGCAAGGCCUAAUGAAUUUCUGAUGCUGAAUCUUCAAAUAGUGAUACACUGCAAGUAUUGUUGCUGUGGUUGUAGUAGUCGUUAUUAUUUUCCAUUGCUGUUAUAAUUACUAUUUUUACCAUUGUUGUUCCUAUUGUUACUAUUUAUUGUUUUUAUUAUUAUUAUCACCAUCAUCAUCGACAUCAUUAUAAUCAUUAUUUCCAUUAUUUUCAACGCCAUCGUGAAAAUUAUGAUAGAUCACGUACCUAUACAUACAUCCAAUUUGAUGAAUCGGAGAACGUCGCGUUUGUGUACACGGUUGGGCAUUUAUAUGACCAGGGUAAUGAACUUGAUCUCUUUCAAGUAGAUUAGCAUAUUUUUCAUCUUGGACCUCGGGUCAACAGGUGUGGAAACAGGGGCUGUGCGACUGAAAUAACAUAGGCAAGGAUUCGAUGCAAAUGUUGGCUGAAUGAGAAUGGCUUCAAUUUUAAAUGCCGGAAUCAGCUUUUUUUCAUUUUCGAAAUGUUUGUAACUACGCCGAAAGUGACCAUCAAAAGUUUCGGACAUUAGAGUUUUUUAGAUAAAUGCCCACCCUGUGACACAUAGCAUGUAAAAUGAAUAACCUGUACUUGAAUAGAAGAUGAUGUUCCAAUGCGAAUGGAAUAUGUAUAAAUGUGUAUGUGAAACAACAGGUUCGAAAACUGUUUGCGUAUUUUUCUCUGAAUUUCUUUCAUUUUCACCGAGGACUGCAGUGUUAUCUAGUAUAAAUAUAGUAAAUGCACACGACGAAAGAGAUGCGAGGAAAAAUGAAAAAGUAAUUAUUAAAUAAAUAAGAAUAAUACCGGCACAAUAAGCAGCAGCAAGUGAAUUAUUUGUUAAGAUGACAACUAACAAUAAGUUCGGUUACUUAACCCUGCCAUCUGAGCAUUGAUCGCAUCAAAAUUCUCAGAGACACAAUCAACUGUUUGAAUAAUUGUACCGAAAAUCGAUGUAUAGGUAUGUUUUAAUAUUACGUAGAUUAUAACUAUGAUUCGGAUCUGCAAAAUAAAAAUGAAAUCACGGACAAAUUUCUCAUGCUUGUUAGUGGAAACGAAGAAAAAAAUUAUUAAAAAAUAAUAGAAAAAUGAAACAAAUUAGUUAAAAGUAAAAUAGAAAGAAAAAAAAAAAAACUAAGAAUAAAAUAAUAUAAUAUAGAUAAAUACCGAAAGCAAACCAAAAUGAAAAAAGUCAGCAAUGAUUUUGGAUACAUAAAAUAUUGUAACGAUAUGGGCUUACUAUAUAAGAAUGUUACGUACAUGCAUACAAAUAUAAGCACUUAUGUAUACAUAUACAUACAUUAUUACCUAUAAAGUAUACGUUAAGUCGUGUUAUAACCAUCGAUACCGUAUGCCGUAUCGACCUAUGGACGUUGAGUAGUUGUGUAUAGAUGUAGCAUAAUCUUUGUUACACUUCAUGAUACGCAUAUAGGUAUAUAAUUACAUAUAUAUGUAUAUAUACACGCCUGUAUAAACAUGUAUAUAGGUGUGCUAGUUCGGAGCAGGUGCAAUUCGGGCACUGUUUAGUUAAUUAGUUAAAUAAUGCUACGUUAAUGUUAAAAUUCGACAAUGAUUAUAUUAUACGUACGAGGAAUGAAUAAAUAAUAAUGUUACUAGCUA